AUGCAAGGUUUAAUGUCUGGUUUCACUCUUGGGCCCUUGGGGCUCUUGGCUGUUUUAGUACUUGGAGCCCACGGAGACAAGACUGAAUCCCUGUAUGGUGCCCAUGCAAAAGGGGACAUCAUGAUUGGGAUCCUAAUUUCAGCACACUCUAAAGUGGAUAAUCUCCAUACACGAAAUCAUCCUGGAUUGUUCAACUGUAGUGAUUUUGAUCUGAUACCUUUCGUUCGGUCCCUGGCAGCCAUUCAUACCAUUGAAGAGAUUAAUAAUUCUAGCUUUCUUCCUGGGAUUCGACUUGGGUACAUAGUGUGUGAUCCAUGUGCUGAUGCCACCAAAGCCUUGUAUUGUGUGGAACAUUUGCUUGCAACCAAUGGCUCUUUACCUGUACUGUAUGACUAUUCAAACUUCCAUCCACCGAUCAAGGUUAUAAUGGGUGCAAGAUAUUCAGAACUGUCAGUUGCAGUGGCUAGGCUGUUGAGUGUCUACAUGAUUCCUCAGCUAAGUUGCACGUCCUCCGCCCCAAUACUUAGCGACAAGCUGCGAUAUCCGUCCUUCAUGCGUGUCAUUCCUAAUGAUAACUACCAAACUACGGCGCUGGCCAAACUCAUGACCCGCUUUGAGUGGGACUGGGUCGGGGUGGUUUCCGGGGAUGACGACUAUGGCAAGGCUGCACUCCAGAGCCUUCUUCAGGACACUGAGAAGGAAGAUAUCUGCAUAGCCUUCCAGGAGGUGGUACCACAUUACCUUGACCACGGUCAUGUUGAGCAGCGUAUGAAGGAAGUGGCUGCCCGUGUCCAUUCUAUGUCAGAUGUUCAAGUUGUGGUGCUCAUACUCAAGCCAGAGCUUGUGAAAAUGCUCUUUGAACAAAUGAUCCAAACCAACACCACUCGAAUCUGGAUUGCCAGUGAUGCCUGGUCUAUGAAUCGCCAUUUAACCAGGAUGAAAGACAUCAACAAGGUGGGGAACAUAUUUGGUUUCACUUUUGUCACAGGGAAAAUCCCACAGUUUGAGGAAUACCUGAGGAAUUUAAGACCAAGCCCAGGGGCUUCGAACCAACUGAUCAGUGAAUACAAGCAGCUGAGGUUCAACUGCACAUCUGAGGUCCAAACAGAGUACAAAUCCCCAAUGGCCUGCAAUGUGUCUGACCCACUACAAGCUAAUGAUGACUUCCUGAUCAAUGCUGUUGACCUGACAGAGACUUACAGUGAGAGAGUUGCUGUGUGGGCCAUAGCUCACGCCAUUAAAAACCUGCUGAAGUGUAAUGAGACGGGCUGUUCUGAGGAGACAGACUUUCCACCAUGGAAGCUUUUACAGAAAAUCCAAGAGGUUAACUUUACACUAAGUGAUCAGCUGUAUUCUUUUGACCCAAACGGUGAUUUUGAAGAUGGUUAUGACAUGAUAAUGUGGGGAAAGAAUGGUGAAGUAAGAGAAUUUAUCGUGGCAGGAAAGUAUCGAAUAAAACAGGGAGUCGUGGAGAUUGAGAAUGACAAAAUUCACUGGGACAUAAAUACCAAUAAUUCAGUGCCGAGAUCUAAAUGUUCAGAAUCAUGUGCUGCAGGCACUAAAAAAGUAUUCUCUGAUAUUGCUUGUUGCUACAACUGUACCAAGUGUCUGGCAGGAACCUUCUCCAACACAAGUGAUCAAGGUGAGUGCCAGAUAUGCCCCAGUGGUACUUGGUCACUGGAGGGCCAGACCAAAUGUGAGCCAAGGGAGGAGAUAUUCCUGAGGUGGUCUGAUCCCCACUCCAUUGUGUUAGUGGUUGGGGCAAUACUAGGCAUCCUGCUGACACUGACCACUGUCAUCAUUUUCACAACACACAGGGGAAACUCCUUUAUUGAUAGCACUCAUAUUAAAAUGUCAUGUUUGAUGUCACUAGGACUGAUGGUAAGUUUUGGAAGUGUAGUCACUUUUAUAGAUAGACCAAUUGUCCACAUCUGUAGAGCUCAGCAGCUCAUGUAUGGUCUUGGUUUUACAUUUUGUGUCUCAAGCAUUCUGGUCAAAGCCUUGCACACAUUCCAAGCCCUCACAGCCACUGAUCCAAACAGAAGGUCUAGGCUGAACGACCAUAAAAUGCCCUACCUCACUGUGAUCCUCUCCACAACUCCCCAGGCCCUGGUUUGUCUGUUCUGGCUAAUCUUUGCCUCUCCUUAUGUUUCUGUGGUCAAACCUGCUUCUGAAAUGAAUGCUUAUCUGUUCUGUGAUGUAGGAUCCAAAAUCGCUUUUGGUGUAAUGCACAGCUACAUUGCACUUUUGGCUCUUGUGUCUUUCAUCGUUUCAUUUCGCCUUUUCCUGGGCUUCCGAAGUAGGAAUGUCAGACCUGAGUAUAACGAGACAAGUAAUAUAAUCUUCAGCAUGCUCAUUCACUUGUUUGUGUGGCUUUGUUUCAUUCCCAUCUUCAUCACACAACCUGGGCAACAGUCUAUUGUUCAGGUAUCUGCCAUUUUGGUUUCGAACUAUGGCAUAGUUUUUUGCCACUUUAUUCCAAAGUGCUAUGAGGUCCUGUCGGAAAACAGAAGGAGAGGACAAAAUAAUGAAACCACUACUGAGCAGUCUGUAGCACCACCUGGAACCCAAGAUUCAGAACCCUCUCCUGGCAAUGAGCCUUCAGAGUUCAUUGCAGUCAAUAUCAAGUAUAAACUCUGGAAUCACCUCCUGUCCUGGAGAUUUCGAAAUUCCACCGUCAGACAGAACCAAUACCUUUGUCAGGAACAGACUGAAGCAUAA